AUGGGAUCACUUCGCCGUAGUACGAGCAACCGCAGCCGGAAGAAGGGUACGGCGGUGAAGAUGAAUAGGAUGCCUUCAUCUCUAUCGCCUCCUACUCCGCCUUGUAGUGCAAUCGUGGGAGGGACGGGGAAGUCAAAGAAGAGAAGAGGAGGAGUCUGUCUAUGGACGAGGUUUGAUCGGACUGGAUUCAUGGAAGUGGCUGGAUGUGACAAGAGCACCAUCAUCGAACGUUCUUCUGUUUCGGCUAAGGAUUUAAGAACUGCCUUCUCGCACUCUUCUAAAAUUCUAGCCAGAGAGAAAGCUAUUGUCCUGAAUUUAGAGGUCAUAAAGGCGGUAAUUACUUCAGAACAAGUUAUGUUGUUGGAUUCUCUCCGUCCUGAAGUUCUUACACUCACUGACCGACUAAAGCAUCACUUUCCUCGGAAGGAUGGUCCUGAAAAUAUAUUGCAAGCUUCUUCUCAUGGUCAUCAAGAAGGUGGAGAAGAGGGUUUGAAGAGUAAGCUUCCUUUUGAAUUUCGGGUACUAGAGAUUGCAUUCGAGGUCUUCUGCUCAUUUGUUGAUAGCAAUGUGGUAGACCUUGAGACACAAGCUUGGUCUAUUCUUGAUGAACUAACCAAGAAAGUCAGCAAUGAGAAUCUUAAAGACCUAAGAAGUUUAAAAACUAGUCUCACCCACUUGCUAGCCCGUGUACAAAAGGUGAGAGAUGAAAUCGAACAUUUCUUAGAUGACAAGGAAGACAUGGAAGACUUAUACUUAACGAGGAAAUGGAUUCAAAACCAACAAACCGAGGCAGCAUCAAAUAGCAUUGUCUCCCAACCAAAUCUUCAACGGCACACAUCAAACAGAAUAAGCACCAGUAUGGUGACGGAGGAAGAUGACAUUGAUGAUAUGGAGAUGUUGCUUGAGGCAUACUUCAUGCAACUAGAGGGAAUGCGGAACAAAAUUCUUUUGAUGAAGGAGCAUAUUGACAGCACAGAAGCCUACGUGAAGAUACUACAGAAUAGUAGACGUAACGGACUGAUCCACCUAAUGAUGCUUGUGAAUAUAGGCAAUUAUGCAAUAACUGCAGGGACAGUGGUGGUCAACUUGUUCGGUAUGAAUAUACCAAUUGGAUUGUAUAGCACACCUGACAUCUUUGGUUACGUUGUGUGGGCUGUCGUUGCGCUUUGCAUUGUGCUUUUCAUAGUCACCGUUGGUUACGCCAAGUGGAAGAAGCUACUUGACUGAUAAGAGACUAAACACAUUAGGUUUAGUCAUUAUGAGAUUAGCUUUGUGGAAUUCAUUUUUUUUUUAGUUUGCUUUUUCUUAUUGAU